CUCGUCCCGUCUUCGAUGCCCAUCCAGCGCGGCCACUUCUGCCCGUUGCCUGUACCUGCACCACCGUCUCCCGCCAAUCCUCCCCUCCACCCGCACGUCCACGUCCACACAUCUCUCCGUCCAUCGCAGGCGCACUCGGUCUCCUUCCUUCUGUUCUCCGCGCCUUCUUGUGCCCGCACCUUUGUCGUGCCCUGAUCCGCCUUCGUCGUGUCGUGCCAGACCCUCGCCGUCAACCUUGCCGACAACCGCACCCCCCCAAAAAAAGGGACUCGACCCAAAACGUAAAAACGGUCUGUGAUCCCAAUCUCUCCCUACCUCCAAACACACACUCACUCACACAAUUGCACUUGCAUUCGCCCUCGCUCGCAUCUACGCGCACACCUCGUGCGAGCCACCUGUCCUGUUGCUGUGCGACCUUCUCCUGGCCAUCGGCACCUGAUCGCCUGCGAUCUCUUUCCAUUGCCUUCGUCGUCGCAUCCCGCUUCGCAUCCUCAUCGACACGCGAGAUUCCACCACUGACUUGGUCUGCUACAGCUGUCCGCAACUGUACGCUUACGUAGCCCAGACGCUCCGUCGAUUCGCACAGCAGAGCUCACACAAUGGCAGCCAACGGUGCUCCUCCUACCCGACCCUCUCCUGCUCCAGCUGCGAGCCCCGAUAUGGCCAACGGCACGAACCCCCUUUCCACCGAUGCAAGCACGAGCGACAUCCUAACCCCCGAAGCAGGCACUAUCCCGCAGACCAUUGCGUCCAAAGAUCCCAAGGCGGCUGCUGCAGUCGCCGCCGACAGCAGGAACAUCGUUCGCCGAAAACUGACUGGCUACGUGGGCUUUGCAAAUCUGCCCAAUCAGUGGCACCGCAAGAGUGUGCGGAAGGGCUUCAACUUCAAUGUCAUGGUUGUCGGCGAGUCCGGCCUUGGCAAGUCGACGCUGGUGAACACGCUGUUCAACACCUCGCUGUACCCGCCCAAGGAGCGCAAGGCUCCCAGCCUCGACAUCAUCCCCAAGACCGUGUCCAUACAGUCGCUCAGCGCCGACAUUGAGGAGAACGGUGUCCGCUUGAGAUUGACCGUCGUCGACACUCCGGGCUUCGGCGAUUUCGUCAACAACGAUGCUUCCUGGGGCCCCAUCGUCGAGAGCAUCGAGCAGCGGUUCGACGCUUACCUCGAUGCCGAGAACAGGGUCAAUCGCAUGAACAUCGUCGAUAACCGCAUACACGCCUGCGUCUACUUCAUCCAGCCAACCGGUCACUCGCUCAAGCCUCUUGAUGUCGAGGUGAUGCGUCGCCUCCACACCAAGGUCAACCUGAUCCCCGUCAUUGCCAAGGCCGAUACCCUGACCGACGACGAAAUCACGGCCUUCAAGAAGAGAAUCCUGGACGACAUCGCAUACCACCACAUCCAGAUCUUCGAGGGCCCACGAUACGAGCUCGAUGACGAGGAGACCAUCGCCGAGAACAAUGAGAUCAUGAGCAAGGUCCCAUUCGCCGUUGUCGGUGCUAACAGUGAGGUCACAACCGCCGACGGUCGCAAGGUCCGAGGUCGCCGUUACCCCUGGGGCGUCAUCGAGGUCGACAACGAGGAGCACUGCGACUUCGUCAAGCUGCGCCAGAUGCUCAUCCGGACACACAUGGAGGAGCUCAAGGAGCACACCAACAACAAGCUGUACGAGGACUACCGGUCCGAGAAGCUCACGGCCAUGGGUGUGCAGCAGGACGCAUCGGUCUUCAAGGAGGUCAACCCAGCCGUCAAGCAGGAGGAGGAGCGCGCCCUGCACGAGCAGAAGCUGGCCAAGAUGGAGGCGGAGAUGAAGAUGGUCUUCCAGCAGAAGGUGCAGGAGAAGGAAAGCAAGCUGCGCCAGAGCGAGGAAGAGCUGUACGCGCGACACAGGGAGAUGAAGGAGCAACUCGAACGCCAGCGCGCAGACCUGGAGGAGAAGAAGGCCAGAAUCGAGAGCGGACGACCGAUCGACGGCAAGGAGAAGACGAGGGGCAAGUUCUCGCUUCGCUAAAGAGCUCGACGGCCAGUCUGGGACACGCAAAACGGUCCCUCGUCCCUUUCGCGGCCUUCCUUUGUGCCUGGUUUGCUGAAAUUUUUCUCUUUUUUUUGGCGCAGGGUCGCUGCGGCGACGGCUCACGACCAUUUGCUGGCUUUCUUCUGCGUUUUCAAAGUCUCACGACCCCCUUAUUAACCGCGUUAAUACUGCCUUCAACUGUCGGAAACUCUUUUGUCUAUCUCUCAAACGUACACAGCCUCUCCUCCCUUUUUCUCCCUCUCUCUGUAUCUCGCUCUUGCUCUGCGAGAUUCUGCAUCUUACAGCCUUUCCUUUCCGAAAGAAGAGAAAAAAAAUUAAGACAAAAGCUCUGAGUUCGCAGGUGGAACGGCCCUCCGGAGGCGAAAGAAUUCCUCUUCCACGUUCAAAGGGAAGUGUGGUGUGACAGAAAAAAUUGGUUGAGCACGGCUACAUUCUAUCUCAUAUUAAUCAGUCAUAAGUGAGCGAGUUGGUAAUGCUGGUUCAUGGGUGCUGUUUUUUCUUUUGUUUUUUUUUUUGGCUGGUUUUUCUCUGGUGCAGUUGGCGAAAUCAAGUCUUGUGCGUGUAUAUCUGCGUGCAAUCAUCACCAUCGUCGUCAUCAUAACCAUUGGACCCUCCCUUGACAGAUGUGGGUAGUGUCUCUUCUCGGAUUGCAUGCUCAUGCAAGGCAAGGACGCGAAGAGGCGGAUACUGUUCUCACACCUUACCACCUCCACGCCGCGUGCACUCCAUUUUUUCUUUUUUCUUUUGCUCUUUCAUUUCCCAAGGUUUCAGUCUGUGUUUUGUUUCCUUCUACUCUCUUGUCGUCUUCAUACAUUGUGUCACUGCAAGGCACGCACGUGGACGGGUUGUGUAUGCCGUAGGUGUUCUAUAGGGCAGGUUGAAAGGCAUAUCUAAUCCUGUAGCGCGAGAAGAGUUGAGCGUGCGUUUGCGUUCGCGUGCCGCUUUUUCUCAGGAGGAAGGGGCGAGAGAAACAAGCAGC